CAGUGGGUUAGCCCCUUUCUCUCUGCUCCUUACCAUUCUUUGCCCCCCCUCCCGUUUUGCAUGUCUUCAGAAUUCCAGUAAGGUCUAAAUUUCUGAACCCUUGACUUCAAUUUUGGAUGUAAACUGCAAGAGUCAAGGGAAACAUACCAAAACGGGGAGUAUAGCAACAGUAUUUUAAGCAAUCUUUCAUUUUAUCCUCUUGGGGGGGGGGGGCUUUUCAGUGUAUUUUUAGAACUGCUGUGAUCCAGCUCAGCACAACUGUUCCAUGCUGCCGGAUUUGAACGUCGCCCUCGUUCAAUCAAGCGGGACAAAAAGCGAUUUUAAAAAGGAGUUACAUGCUGGUUUCCCUGGCAGCGCAGCAUUUCCAGGACCUCUGAAGGACCAAAACGUAUCUGCGAACAUUCAACAAACUCAAAAAGCAAGUCUGUCUCCAGCUCUCUUCAACAAUGAGCAGUCAGACCAGUGGUGGAGAGGCUGGCCCUCCGUCUCGGUUCAAUCAAAAGACGUUUUUGGAUGAUGUCAUUUUAACCUUCAGUUCACCCAUGGCCUGGCUGCUGGUUGUGGCCCUGGUCCUCACAUGGUCAGGAGUGGCCAUCGUACUGUUUGAUCUGCUCGAUUAUAAGACUCUGACAGACUACACAUCAUACUGUGACGACCCCGUGUGUUUAUCACCUGGUCUCCCUCCACCUGCUGCCAUCGCCAAGAGAGGUUUGAAGGCUCGAGCUGCGCUUCGUGCACUAAAACCAAGGCCAGCUGGAGUCCACAGUGACAUCACACCUCAGGAAAGCGCUGAUUGGAUGGAGAUGCUAUGGUCCUUAGCAGCAAGUUUGGUAGCUCCUGAUGACGAAGAGGAAGGUAUUCAUCAGCUAACUGAAACCCUCACAUCUUUCAGCUCUGAGGAACUCUGAGGGAGAGGAGGUGGAAGAACAACAUGCUACGAUAAGCAUCCAAAAAGAAGAUGUUGGAAACUGGAAGGAGAUGGAGGAGGAUUAUGCAAAUCAUAUCAUCAUAUCAUUUAUUUUUUUUGUAGCUGUACAAACAGCUGUAAUCUCACCAUUAAAGACCCUUACUUAAAAA